CAUAAAGCUUCGAUACGUUCGCGGCAGUGGCCACUGGCCAAUCAUGUAUGAACUCAUACACAUGACAGAAUACUGUACCGAGACUGUCUAGUGAGUAACUGAGUAGUGAUUAGUGAACUGAGAAGUGAGAACACUUCGAUUAACAUUUAACACUUCACAGUUGUGUGUUGGAUGUUGUGAGUGAUUGUUGGUCUCUCGGGUCUUCCACGAUGCAUGAUACUAUAAAGAAUCAGAUGGAGCGAGAUGGAUACGUAGUUCUCGAAAAUUUCCUGCGAGGAAAUGAGUGUGAUGAACUUAAAUCGGCCGGCCUAGAACUCACAAAACAAAUACCGGACGUUGCAGAACGAUCAAUAUUCUCAACUAAAGAAUCUAGUAAAACGCAACUUGUGGAUCAGUACUUUUUGGAAAGUAAUGACAAGAUACGAGUUUUCUUCGAGGCCGAUGCAGUUGACGAAAAUGGCGAUUUGAAAGUAGAUCCAAGUGUAUCUCUAAACAAGGUGGGCCACGCGCUGCAUCUUCUAGAUCCAAUCUUCAGAUGUUACACAUACAGUGACCGAGUUAAGACAGUGUGCAGGGAACUUGGAUUCAUUGAACCUGCAGUUGUACAAAGCAUGUACAUUUAUAAGAAUCCUGGUAUAGGCGGUGUAGUGGAGCCACAUCAAGACAUCACGUAUUUAUACACGGAACCAAUCCCCCCAGUUGGGUUCUGGAUAGCACUCGAAGACGCCACAAUACAGAACGGAUGUCUUUGGAUUGCUCCCGGAUCUCAUAAAUCUGGUGUUCAUAGAAGACUACAACGGAAUCCGGACAAAGAUUCUAAAGAAACACUUGUAUAUGACAAGCCAGCGUGUGUCUACCCACAAUCCAGCUUCUCGCCUGUCGCUGUUAGCAAAGGUACUUGCAUUUUGCUACAUGGCAACGUUGUACACAAAAGUGCUCCGAAUAAAUCAUCCGCAAGUCGACAUGCCUACACCUUUCAUGUUGUAGAAAAACAUGGCAACACCUUUGCCCCAGACAACUGGAUCCAAGAAGGAGAAAACGCACCUUUUGUUAACGUCUAUACCACUUCACAAAUGGAGUAAUGUUUGAAAUUAUGACUGUUGUUAGUCAUGAAAUUAUAAAUAUAUACAUAUAUAUCUACUUUCGUUGUCAUAUUUUAUAUUUUUUUAAACGAUUAUUUGUCAGGGUUAAUUAUAAUUUCGCUGUUUGACAACGCCUUGCUUACUUAAAAUGUGAAUUUGAAUGCGAAAAUGAUUGAAAUCUUGUGAACAAUGUUUUCAAUUCUCAAUUCACACACAACUUUAUGUCAUUUAAACUAUAUUUAAAAUGUUUGUAAAUCAUAUUUAGUAUCUAAUAUAAUCACUAAGUGGAAGUAAACUCAGGAUACUGACAGAUAUUCUCGCGUUAAAUGGCUGGUUGGUGGGUAAAGUAACUGAAGACUAUUACGUGAGAUAGAAUUUUGCAUGAUCGUACCUGUCUGCUUCUGUGUCUCAACACUAAAGUUUAAUACUCACUAAGCCCAAAUUAUUAGUGCCGUUUGCUGUCUUCAGCAGUUGAUGGAAUGGCCCCGGCACUAACUGAAGUAGCUUGAACAUGAGGAGCCAGAGUGUCGAUGUAAGUCGCGUCACAUACCAGCCGUACCCUUCCCAAUGCUCAAGACGUGUCAUACCACCCGUUUACUAUACGAUUUCAAUUUAAAAUUUACCUCAUAAUUACCGCUGUAAUAACUUGGAAUAUUGCGAAUUUGAAGUAAAAAAAAUGACGGCAAAUGUCAAUUUCAACCAAACCUCUCCCAUUGCGUUUGUUGUUAUGAACUAUGACGUCAUUAUUCGUAUGUACCAAGUACACCAAAGUGACUUACUUUUUCGGCGUGUAAUUUUUUUUUAAAUAUAAAACCAUAUUUUAUUAUAUCGAAUCAAAAACAUGCCUAUUUCCUAUUGAACCAUGUUUAUAUACCAUAGUAAAUCACGUGUUAAUCUAAAUUUUAAUGUGUGCCAAAUCUAACAGAAAUCGAAUUUUUUUGGUUUACAAGAUUAUUGUUACUCAGAGCUGAUCUUGCUUUUCAUCCGUGUAAUAUUUUGUGAUUUAUUGCUAAAUGCGAUACUCAUUGUGAUAAUAUUUUGUUAAUAAAGAUAUCAAACUUGA